UCGGGACAAAAAGUGGAUUAGCUGUUACGUGUCGGCUCCUUAACAAGAUUACAAAAUGAAAACUGAUCUCUGGACAGAACAACAUGGAAAGCCGCGUUUUUCUACCAGUUAUAUACGUCCGUGGAACAUUCUACCAAGUCGGCUACGAUGUGGGACACACUUUCAAAAGCAUGAUAGAAGAAUUUGUUCAAAAUUCAAAAUUCUUGACCGAUGAGCUUCUUCCAGCCUACAACACAGAAGUUGGUCAGAAAAUCUACAAUGAUACUUUAACUUUGAUGAAACAGAAAUUUCCCUACUAUGUAAAUGAGUUGCAAGGAAUUUCUGAUGGAAGUCAAGUGCCCUUCUUCAAGUUGAUGCUGUUGCAUAUCGAUAGCAUGAUAUUGGAUGGCUCGUCAUCAGAAUCACAACUCUCCGGCAAUGGAUGCUCGAGCAUCAUGUGCAAUCAUGAAAACGUAGUUUUGGGGCAUACUGAAGAUGCAUUUCCAGCUGCCCAUAAUCAUUUGUACGUGGUUCACGCUGAUAUUACUGAAAAAUGUGGUCGUCGCGAACGUUUUUCUUCCCUCUGUUACGCAGGGCAUUUACCUGGCUUCUGCAUGAAUAUUAACGAGCACGGUCUCGUUUACACCAUCAACAUUAUUGAACCUGUUCACGUUCAUAACAACAAAACACCACGUCACUUUCUCACGAGGGCAAUGCUAAGUGCCCGGAAUUUAGUUGAUGCUCAGGCCAUUCUGCGUGACAGAGGAACUGGAUCAGCUCACGGUUUCUGUGUCAACAUGUCUUUUAUGAACCAGGAAGGGCUCAUUCUUUUCCACAGUGCUGAGGUAGGACCUGCGGAAAAUAACGAAUCACAAUUAUCCAUUUUGACAGUUUCUCCGGGUGAAAGUCAUGCUCGUUGCAACAAGUAUCUUCGUUUGAAGAUUGAUGAGGAUCCAAAUGGUUUGGCUGUGCUUAGUAGUGAUGGUCGCCAUCGUGUGAUGAAUAGAAUUGGUUCGCCUAGAACUAUCGAUGAAGUAAUUGACCUGCUUUCAAACGACGAAGAUCAAGAUUAUCCCAUUUACCGCCGUGGAACAGAAAAAGACAUUGUUUUAACUAUUGCAACCGGAGUUUUCGAUUUCAAUCGCAGGGAAUGGCGGAUUUAUAGCGAUAAUGCUAAAAACACCAAACCCAUAGCGAUAUUCUCGAUGAACAUGUAGAUAUGGUGAAAGAUGACGCUUAUACUGCUUCAUAUUGACACCAGUUUUGUAGAGCCUAACAACGGUUUCAAUGACCUUC